AUGCAAUCUCAGAUUCUUCAAUGUUCAUGGCCACCCCUUUUCAGCAGAAAUUCAUCCUUCAAUGUAUUUGGAGACAAUGAAUUGGUUAUGGAUGGUUAUAUAGAUUGCCAAAACUUCUCUCCUCCUUUCACCACAACGGGGGAGUCCUCUGACUGCUCUGAGUUCUUGAGAUUUCCAGCCAUUUUUCCUGAUGAGUUUAUGGAUCUUCCAAUUCUCGUUGAAGAACCGGAUAUCACAUUGCCAGGAAACGUUUUUUUUAUGCCUCUAGAGGAUUUCGAUAUGGAAAACAUGUGGAAAUCUCUGGAGCAGAUUAACAAUGAAGCCGCUUCUGAACAGUUCUCCGGUUAUGAAGAAGAUGUAUGGAGUCUCAGCUCACUGAUGAAAUCAAUUGACAUAUCAAUGGACAAUACAGAGAUCCAUACAAUGCUGACUUUGCCUAAUGAGGACAUGGAACUCGAUGAUCAAGUUGGUGAUGUUCAUCUCAUCAAGGCCUAUGGAGAAGCCAUGGAUAAUGAACAGGAAGGGCUUGCUGAAGUGAUUGAGAAACGCAUCAGGGAGAAAGUCAGUCCAGUUGGUGGAGUCACGGAGCGCCUUCUGUAUUAUUUAUUCCAGCAGCCAUUGGACAAACGAGCUGACCACCUCAAACAAGAGUCGGGCAAAAACUUCCUCGCAGCUUUCAAGGCAAUCUACCAAAUAUUACCUUAUGGGAAGUUGGCUCACUCUGCAGCCAACUGGGCUAUCCUCAAAGCCAUGCCUCAUGGUGCAGAGAUCAUACAUAUCAUUGAUUUCGACACAGCAGAGGGGAUUCAAUGGCCUUCACUGUUUGAAGCCAUUGGAUUCAGACAGAGGGAGAUCAAGCUGACAUCGAUAAAAUGGAUCCAACGCGAUGCUGAUUGUGACCACUCUCAGUGGAGGUUUCAGGAGACAAAGAGAUGGCUGUGUGAUCAUGCCCGGUAUUUUGGUCUAAAGUUGACCGUGGAUUCAAUGGAACUGCAUGAAGUGGUGAAUGAAAUAAAGAAUCCGAAGAACCAGGGAGGGAGAAGAGAAUGGUUCGCCUUCAAUUGCAUGACAGGCCUUCCCCAUAUGGGUCGGAUGAGAAGUAGGCAUAGCAUAUCAGAAUUUCUAAGAGUGGCUAAAGAAUUGCUAGCAUGUAACAACACAGGUGUCGUGAUUUUUGGCGAUGGAGAUGCUGAGGUGAAUCCCGAAAUUUCACCUAGUUUUAGUUCAUUUCUGGAUGGGCAUUUGGUACAUUCCAAAGCUUUAUUGGAAUCUAUAGAAUGGGCUUUCCCUGUUCAUCUUAGAGAAGCAAGAACUGCCUUGGAAUGUCUCUUUGCAGCACCUUUGAUAGCUUCCCUUGGAAGUAAAUGGAAGGAGAUGGACUAUAGUUAUCUUCAAGUAGGCUUUGGGUUGAAGGGUUGUCACCUGAGCAAAGAGAGCAUAAUGGAAGCCAAGGAAAUGGUCAGAGAAGGGGAGAGUCCAUACACAGUGAGCAUUGAAAGUGAGAGUAAAAGUACAAUGGUUUUGGCAUGGAGCGGAACCCCACUGCUGAAAGUUUCUUGUUGGAGAAGUUAA